UCGAUGCAAGCGGAAGAAACAAGGAUACAUGGACGUGUGUUUUGUUUGCUCUGUAAGAGCACGUAAAGCUAAUAAAAGCGAUUUUACUAAAAUUUUUACAGUCCAGGGGGUCUACUGAUUCUGUUUUACUGUACUGACCUUAAGAUUCAUGCAACAUUUUGGACUGAACUCUUAGUACAGCGACAACCGUAGCUUAGCAACAUUGGACAAUAGUGAGUAGCUAAUGCUGUGUGUGAGGCGAAGUAUCAACUAGCUUGGUUAAAUCUAUAACAUAAUAUUAUAAUAUUAUAUAACUAUUUUGAAAACGUAAUUGUCAGGGUUAUCGCUCAUUCUACAGUAACUAUCGACAGAAAUAACCUUGUGCAUCGCGCGUAAUCUGCGCGUUUCGUUCGUUUGUAAAGAAAUGUAGUAGAGGCCCGGUGUUAUUUAUAACCUCAGCAAAGCAGUUUUUUGGUCUUGGUUAAACCAGAGCUUCGUAUUUCCCCUUUGUAUAAUAAGGAGCUUUGUUUUAGUUGGGUGGCCAGGUUCUGUUCACAGCACACCUAUACUGCAGAUUUGGAAAAUAUCUGUUAACGUACUCCCCUAAAACGAGUGGAAAACAUGAAAAUGAGGCGUUACCUAUGCCUGAACACUUUGGACUUAGCGUCAAGCCUUUUGCCAUGGGUUUGUAGUUGUGGUUAUUGUGCGGAUUUUCCAGAUGUCUGGCACCCUGACUCUACCAAUUUUGUAGUAAUAUUGUAUAAAGAGAGAAAUUGGGAAUAUAUUAAAAUGUUUGCCCUAGAACCAUUCCGUAAUUAAUUACCUACAGUUUUUACUAUAAAUUUAAUGAAAAAAAAGUAUUGCAAAAGAGCUAAAACGUAGGUAACAUUUCAUAAUUUAUUUGACACCGCUCAGUACAGAUAUCUGAGGACAGUCCAUUAAAGAAAGUUAAAAAAAAAAGGAAAUACAUUUGUUCAGCUGCAGAAAACAGAUGUUAGAUUGUAGUAGUCUGCUAUUUGUACUCUUCACUUAAGAGAUCAACUGUUGGCUCUUUUCUAUCAGACUCUCAAGCUUAGUUACUUGCCGAAGUAUUGUCGUUCCUUGUAAUAAUGUUUUCAUACUCACAGCAUACUGAAAAAGCGUCUCUCUACUUCGCUGCUAUUUCACUAUACAUUCAGGAAACCGCUAUUUCAGACAAGCUCCGUUUGUAUUAGCUCGCUUAUUUAAAUAUCCCCCUGCUUAACACGCAACGCCAUUUUGUACAACCGUCUUUUCAUUCUUAAUUACCAGAGGGGGCGCAAAAAUGUGAGUCGUAUAUUUGCAUUUAGGACCUUUCAUUUUACUCAAUCAAACGUUUGAAAAUUAAAUAAACAAGUAUGUUUGGCAUCGCAUUUUCAGUGUUUAAUUGUAUUAAAAUUUACUGUCAAAUUAUGAUCAAAUAAUUACUAGAGCUUGAAAGAUAUAUUAAAUUAAAUUAUGCCAUCACAUCAACAAUUCUUGUAGCCUAUUGAAAAUGUGACACUAAUAGCAGUUUGUUGUUUUCAUACUGUAUACCCUAAUAUAGAAUUUAUCUGUGUGAACAGAAAACAAAACAAAAAACAAAGGAUUUGUUCCAAGACGUUAAUAGACGAAGUUGUUUUGUGUCUUUUUGAAAUUGUUGUUGUAGACUCAAUAACCGUCACUCACACAACAGAAGACUAUAUGCACAGAAAUUUCCUCUCAUCAGUUAUUCAGCUAACAGAAACCUGUCCCCGUUAACUGUAAACAUGCUACAGCUACUGAUUAAUUUGCACGUAACUUCUCUUACCUGGCACUUGAGCUCCUAUAUAUGUGAGUACGGAUCCUGGCUUCCACUUAUCCUUGCAGUAAAAUAUCUGAACCUUCUAACACUGUUGUUUCAUCAGUCAGUGAGUGGGAUCCAGUGGGCGUGCUUACGUCAUUUUGAUCGACACUAUGUCGGAAUUUGCAUAGCUUUGCUCUUUAACGAAUACCUUUCAGCGCGAGGCGAGUGGAGCUCAACACCCAGCAAAGGCAACUGGUGGACCUGGUUGACCACGUGACUGUCACUCCUCAUUCAUAUCACUGCGCAGCCUCCCUCAUAACUCCGCUGAUUGAAGCCGGCGGAAGGCUGGCGGUUGGACCGUAGUUGCGGCAAUAUACACGUUCAGCGUGACAGUAGGAGAGACAUUCGAGACAAUGCCAGAAUGAAUACAUUCUUAGAUUACUCAGUGAUGAGCGGCGGCGACGGGGGUGGCGGGGGUUCGUGCUCUGUCAGUGCAUUCCAUGCAGAUCACGAAACUUUCCAGUCGUGUUCCGUCACGGUAAAUAACUGCAACGGGAGCGAGCGAUUCUUGACUAGCAGAGCGUCACCGGACUCUGUAUCAAAUCAUUCACAUAAAGCUGGCUGUUAUCAAUCCUCCGGUACACUGUCAAUUGCUUAUGGUGCCCACCCAACGUACGGGGCUCAAACUUUUUGCACCAGUUAUAAUCACUACACCGUAAACCAGGAGUCUGACUCCACUGCAUGUUUAAGUCAGUGCGGUCCGCUAGUUUACUCUGGAAAUACUGUCGAACCCCAUCACCGCCAUCAUCAUUUUCAACAUGGUUACAACGGCAGCAGCGUUCGCUUACCUGGGCAACUUCAGUUUGCAACUGCUACUUAUGGUCACGGUCAGGAUCAGGCAAAUUUGACGUUGCUGGCAGGUUGUUCGAAUCCUCUCUCUUCUUUGCAUGCGUCACACCACAACGUGUGCUGUUCAUCUCUAUCAGAUGGUGUGCCAGCGGCUCAGACGUUUGACUGGAUGAAAGUUAAGCGGAACCCACCAAAAACAGGAAAAGUCGGAGAGUAUGGCUAUGGCGGUCAGCCCAACACUGUUCGAACCAAUUUUACAACCAAACAGCUGACAGAGCUAGAGAAGGAGUUUCACUUCAACAAGUAUCUGACGCGUGCCAGGCGUGUAGAAAUAGCUGCUUCCCUCCAGCUGAAUGAGACUCAGGUGAAGAUUUGGUUUCAAAAUCGUCGCAUGAAGCAGAAGAAGCGCGAAAAAGAGGGUCUGCUGCCCAAAAAUGAGUCUGCACCAGGGGACGGCGCAGAAAAAGCUGAAGUUUCAUCGGAGCUUUCUUUCUCUGCACCGUCAACGCCAUCUCCCGGCUCCUCUGCGACUGAUCCUUACUUGUCGGGCUAAAAGCCUGUUACUGAGUUAUCCUAAUUGGAUGAGAAGUACAGAACCGUAGAUCAACAGUUGUGUUGAACUUUUGUAAACUGGACCUGCCCACAAGGCAUUUUGUCAAAAGAAAUAAUGCACUAUUUAUGGGGCUUGACAAUACAAGUGUGUUAUAUUGUUGUAAAGUAGUAGGCAAUCAAGUUAAAUAAUUCAUUUAAUUAAGUGGCUAGUGCAUUUUCUGACAAAAUAAUGAACAGUUGCCACGUUAAUAAAAAUAUCUUAGCUGGAUGUAGAUUACAGCACGCCUACCUCGUGUUACCUAGAAUAGUAUCAAAGUUCUGAAAGUGUAAUUGCUAGUCUAGGUGAAGAGACUGGUGCUGUCGCAGAACCUUGUUUGGCUGAACAAAAGCCUGCAUUAUGCUACCUCAUCGUCUCAUCAGCCUCUGUUACCAGGGGUGUUUCUGGUGUCAUGGUUUUGCUGUUUAGUAUGAAUCCUGCAUGACACUUAUGUAGACAGGUACGCAGAAAAGUCUCUUCUACUUUGGGGGUACUGGAAUUUUAACCGCCGUACAGGUGGCGUGCGCUAUGACGUCACACGCGGUUAAACAACAGUUUCAGAAUGUGUUGAUUAAUUUGCUGUAACAGCACAACUAUGAAAAUAGUUUUUUUUACGCGCGUUGUAACGUGUAACAACUAAUUUACACUUUAAAUUAAAUGACGCUUUACAGUUGAAGUGUAAUAAUAAACAGUUUAAUAACGUGCUGUCUAACAGAAAUAUAAGUAUUCGUUGUUAAUUGAAACCGUCUAUAAGGAGACAUUUAUUUACGUUUUAUGGAGUCUUAGCGACUUCAACAUUCAGUAAGUUUCCAGAGAAGGAGUUUCCACUACCUCUAUUUUCUUUCUCUUGAAGUUAAUAAGACAAAAUCAAAAACGGAGCUUCUAGUGUUACUGACAAGAACACGGAAAGCGCAAACUCCUGUGUCCUGAAGUCUUGUGGAUGUGUUGUUCAUUAAUACAUUAAAAAUGGUAAUAUUUGGCAAAUCAUUGUGAUAUAAAGGAAUAAGAUCGGACAUACAAACUAAAAAACUACUUGAGAUUCUCAGCUGUAAAAUGUGUCUAUUUCUUUAUCUACUGUGUUAUUAUUAUUAUUAUUAUUAUUAUUAUUAUUAUUAUUAUUAUUAUUAUUAUUAUUUUAGCAGUUGAAACCGCAGUUUUUUGAAACCCCAGCAGUCCUGUUCCGGUGUCCUUACAGUCUACUUAAGUCGAGCUGAGUUUUAUCAGUCGAGGAUAGUGGCUUUAUGUUAUAUUUACUGAAGAACUGUAUGUCUAUUCUGUCAGUAAUACGGGUCAAUAUAUACUA